AUGCCUCACUCCCAGACGGGGCAGUACGACAUCCAAAAGACAUCCACCAGCCUGAAUUUCAUGACUGACCUGUUGGCUCUGCCCGCUCCUUAUCUGACCAGGACGAAUGACCAUUAUCCCCACAGUGGACACCUGCCUGAGGACCUGUACAGGACCCCGUGGAUCAGAGGAAAAGUUGUAUCAAUGUCCAAACUCUUUCUGAAUGACUCUGUGCUUGAUGACCUGAGAAAUAACAACAGAGAGGCUAUCAACACCCCAGAAAGGUACUUUAUACAAGAAGAAAAUGAAGUUAUCCCAAGCUCUAAUCCUGACUCUCCUAAUGAGCUGAACAUCAGUGAAGCUGGGACUAUUUUAACAGAAUCCAUAGACCCCUGUCAGGAAACAUUUUCAAAGAUGCAAAUAGAGCACAUACAAAUGGAAAAUGAAAAGAAAGACCUCUACUUGCCUGAAGAAAUACUGGAAGUGGACUACCUUAAACAAUUUAAGAGGCAUUUGCCUUCACUCAAAACCAAACUGUCAAGGUUAAGAAUGUUUCCUGUGGAGGACCCUCUGUCGAGCUUAAGACACAAUAACAUCUCUGAAGACAUGAGUCACAGCUGCUGUGAACCUUAUGAAAUCUCACCUCAGUCAUUCACAAGAGACAACUUGUCCUCUACAAUCAAUCUUGAGGAAUUUUCAAGAGCCCAAUUAAAUGAUGAGAAGCUGAUAUUACCAAAUAUACUGGAGAGCUGUGCCUUUGAGAGGGAAGAUCGCACCGAAGUGUCAAAAAUCUGUGAUCUUUUGAUGAUACAACCAGAAAAAAUGAAUGAGCAACUUUCAGUCCCUGAAAUAAUUCAAAGGGCAAAUCAAGAUAUUUCUCAAGUUGAAAUAUAUGAGCCGCAGACAACAGAGACGUCAAAGGAAGGAACUGUAGAUACAGAAGCUACAGAACAAAUGAAAACUUCAGCUGAUUUGGAAGUUGACUUGACGUUAAGCCCUGUACGCAAAGACUUCACCGAUAUCUGUGUGUCGACGUCUGAACUUUCAAAGGAACCUCUUUCACCUCAGGGAAAAAUAUCUUUUGGCUCGUUGAGAGAUCAGAGGGAAUGUGAAAGGGCUCUGUGGACAGCAGAAAAGCACCCGACGUUUGUGCUCGCCUUUAUGUUAACAGACCUGGACCCCCUCUCCACCUUCAUGAUGCUCCGCUCUCAGCAAGUCCGACCCCCGACCCCGAUCACCGUGAGCCCACUGCUCCGUACAGAUGUGAUUAAGCAGGUCUUACCCAGUGAGCCACAAACUACUGACCAGGGCCAAAAAACGGAAAGACUGUAUUUGAAUGCAUCUGUAUCAGGAAAUGUCUCCAGAGAUCAGAGCAAAGCCAACAGCAAAUGUAUGUCUCCACUCACUCUUCACCCCAAUGAACAAAGACAAGGCGACAUAGUGGUAGAAGUCCAAGCAGCUGAGAGCCAGUACCAUGCCUUCUGUGAGGUGUUGUCCUUUGCUCAGUCUUUUAUGAGCUUUGUCCAUAAACUGGGUCUCGACCUGAAGGUUUGGGGAGACUUCAGACGUCUCACCAUGGACCAAACACACUUCCUGGUUAAACAGCAAGAAAAAGCUCUCAGUAGGACCAAUUCCCAGAAUGCUGACCUGGUUAAAGCUCAAGAACAACUUUUCAAUGAGGUGACUCUGAUUCAUGCGUUGGUGACAUUUAAGGAGCUGCUGUUGAAGUCUGGCCUCAGCGAUGGCCUCGAGUUUUUAAAAAAGAGAAAUUUGGGCGAUGAGAAGAGGUUCAAACAGUUCCUGAAAAGGCUGCAAAUCAUCCUUUACCUCAGUCACAAGAAACAGGAGUCUAAUCCCAAACUGCUGGAAUUUAAGGGGCUGCUGACAACGUGGUUCAGCAACAGGAACGAAAAUACUACGGCUGACAAAAUCCUUGUCUUAAUUACAAACUCGGACAGUAUAAGAUCCAGUCUACUUGGUUGUCUUCAUGAGCUGAUUGGUGCUGCUGCUGUCGCGGAUCUUCAUCUUGAAAAGGACAAACUGAGGCUGAACGGUGCCAGUGUCGUCAGCAGCGUGUGCAGCCGUGAGUGUGCACUUGUGUGUGAGAAGAACAUAGGGCCCGACUUUCCCUGGCAGUGCUUUUCUCGGCUGGUGGAGUAUGACCGUCCUGGACCCUCCCCGUGGGCCGCAGUCUGCAGAGAGAGAGGUCUCACCCAUGUCAGCUUCAACACCAUGUAUUAUAUGUCUGAUCUAGAGCUGUCACUGCGGCGUUUGGAGGACAGUGUGUCUCAUGUGCUGUUUGUGACAGAGGGGCUUCUCAACCUCCCCGCGCUCCUGCAGACACUGGAGUCCACGUUUAACGUUACAGUCUUGGAGAGAAAUCACAGCGUGUCUUUGCAGAUGUUGGGAGGGACUCACCAGUACGCCGUGAUCACAGUGGACGAGAGCACUGCUGUUAUCAUCCAGAAGCAGGAGGAGCUGUGCCAGGAGAAUGCCAGUGAGGCUCUGGUGACGAGGCUGAACGCUCUGUCUCUGCAGUACAGCUGCUGUUGGCUCAUUCUGUACUGUCCAGACAGUCGGGGAGGAGGGCUUUCAAGUGAAGCUUUUAACAACCUGACACUUGUAUAUUCAUCCAUGGUGAUUUUCAGCAUGAAAUCUGAAGAUCUUGAUGUGAAGGUGCUGAUGGUGUCGGAGGUGCUGGAAAUGUCCAAGUGGAUCAGUCAAAUCUGUUUCCACAGUUUGAUGAUCAGUGAGAGGGACCCGGCUGCUUACCUGGACAGAGACUGGUUAACCGUCCUAGAGUCUAAUGAGGAAAAAUGUUUGUUGCGUUUCCCGUGCAUUAACCCUCUGGUGAGUCAGCUGAUGUUGAGGAGAGCCCCCAGCCUCCUGUGGCUCCUCACUGCUCCUCUGUCUGAGCUGAAAGAAAUGCUCCCAGAAGUGCCACAUAAAGUGCUCAAGCUCUUCAGCGACACCACUUCCUUGUACACUCACACAUCAGACCUGAGUAAAUAUGAAAGCCCAGCACUGACUCAAGAAAGUGUCUCGAUGAACCAUCCAAACACCAGCGCUUGGAUCAGCACUGGGGAUGAUCAGCAUUUGAAUAUGAGCCCACUCAGUUUCCCAUUUGGAGUUCAGGAGGAGAGCUUCUAUAACACAUCUACCACCGAAGAGCCGGAGCCUGACGUGAGAUUCGAGUUGACCUCUUCAUUUCCAGAGCCAGACGUUUACAAACAAAAGAGCUGGACCAUCAGUGACCUGUGGAAAGACGACAGAGACGAGGGGAAAGCUUCACACUGGGGGGGCAGGUCGGGACUCGUAGGCAAAAUGGUCGGAAGGGCAGAUUUAAGAUUACCCCAACACAACUCCUGCAUAACAACCCAUCAAAUGAAAUAUAACAGUCCUUUCAGAGCAGAAUCAACACGCAGCUACGACGGUGAGCUCCAACUGUCCCACUGUCUGACGCCCCCUGGUGGAGAGUGGGGUCCAGAACUCAGCCCAAACUUCACUUUUCUCAGUGGAGAUGGACUGACGAGAGCUUCUGCUACUUAUGGCUCCAAAUCCUUUAUGGGACAAGAGAGAAAGAGGGUUAGUGACGCUGGAAUUCUGCCUGUUGUGACACCAGUGAAAAGGAGCAGGUUAAGCUACGAGAAAGUCCCUGGAAGAAGAGAUGGACAGACGAGACUCAAAUUAUUCUGAGCAGGUUAUUCACUCAGACCUUUGGCUGUAACAGAGAAGAACCACACGAACAAAAGGCCUGAGCCGAGCAAGAUGAGACA